UGCUAUCAAACCACCAUUUCCAGGAAUUAUCUCUCCAGACUGCUGGGGUUAUUACGGUCGUCUGGGAUUUACUGUCGAUCCAACGUGACUUUUCACCUCAGUGACCUCAUGAAUAAUUCAUAGAAUUUAGAAGGAGGCUUUAGUGUGUCGGUUUGUGUAGGGUUGAAAAUGUCGGAUAGAGAGAGUGGCGACGAGCAGCAAGCUCAGGGCAAAGAGGACGCCGCCAGCGCAAAGCAUGAGGAUGAUAAUGAAGUGAAGGUCAGACUUUCUGAUAGCCACAGCUCGUAUGAAAUUUUGUCUGGAGAACAAGAGUUGGCUACAAGGACGCUGACCAUACAAUCAAAACGGUUCUACCUAGAUGUGAAACAAAACAGGCGUGGACGCUUCAUCAAAAUUGCUGAGGUUGGAGCAGGAGGAAAGAAGAGUCGUCUCCUCCUGGCCAUGUCCUCAGCAGCAGAAUUCAGAGACCACCUCACAGAGUUUAGUGAUCAUUACUCUUCUCUAGGUCCGCCAAAUCCGGACAACUUGCCGGAAGAUGGUAAACUGAAGAGUGAGAUGAUGACAAAAGACAACAAGAGAUAUUACCUUGACCUCAAAGAAAAUCAGAGAGGAAGGUUCCUUAGGGUAGCGCAGACAGUACAGCGGGGAGGGCCAAGGUCACAGAUAGCUAUACCAGCACAGGGACUGAUAGAGUUCCGAGAUGCUCUCACUGAUCUCCUUGAUGAGUUUGGAACAGAUGAUCAUGAAGGACAGAGUGACCUCCCAGAAAGUAAAUACCUGCGUGUAGAGAACAAAGUGUUCUAUUUUGAUGUAGGAUCAAAUAGAAGAGGGGUGUAUUUGCGUGUCUCAGAGGUUCGUUCUAAUUAUCGGACAUCAAUCACCAUUCCAGAGCGAUCUUGGGGUCGAUUUCGUGACAUGUUGUCAGAGUUUACAGACAGGGGUCAUGACGGCGGCCAGUAGGUGGCCAAUCUCUAGACCAGCGGGAAUGUGCUUCGUGAAGGGAUCAGUCAUUGUGUGAAAGGAGAAGUCAUUGAUUUUUGUUUCAUUAUUAUUGUACAAUGGAUUGCUCUGAUCCUCAAAUUGUGUUCUUGUAGGAUAGACCAAAAUGAGUUCUAGUUUCUAUAUAGGACUGGUUGAAAGAUAUGAUUAUUUAUAUUUCUUGAUGGAUCAGAAUUGGACUCGUUAAUGAAACAAACAAAAAGUUAUUGAUGGAAAGACGGUGACGAUUACUGUACAUUGAAAUGUGUGUACUAAACGACAGACUUAAAGUUUUAGGAUUAUAGAGGUUACAAAUUACAGUGUGUUUCAAGGAACUGGCGAUCAAAAUAUUACAUGAGUGACUAUUAAAAUGGGAACAGCAGUUGAAAUUAUUCUUUAAAAAAAAAAAAAAUACAAAAAAAGAACACAAAAAAAAACGAAAAAGUUUCUGCUGUAGGGAGACAGCUAAAUUACAACAUAAAAAAAGUCAUUCAGAUCAUCAAAGCAAUUCAUGACUCAUAUCGACCAUUUCAUCUCAUAAAAUUGAUUCAUCAAGCACAUUUCCUGAGGUUUGAAUUUGGCGGAACGUCGUUACCGAUGUAUAUGUAUAUUACUUGAAAGCGGGAACGGGGGAUUCUCUUUUAAAUACGAAGAUUUGGUAUGGUCUAGAUGUAGUGAUAAUGUAAAUCUGUACAGAACUAGGAUGUAAGCUUUUCUCUGGGCACUGGUUUGCACGUGGGCACGUAAAUGUUCUGAUUGUAUAUGUGUGUAGGUUUGGUCAACUGACGUUUUGCUGCUGCUGUGUCGAUGUGAACAAAAAUACAUUUACAUGAUGAAACAAGUUUGUAAAGGAAAAAGUGAAAGUUGCUAUGUUUGUAAAAAAAAAAAAGUUUAAUGAGGGAUUGGAAGAAAAAACGACCACCACCUGUUGCAUGAAAUGUACAUGAAAUAGCAGUGUAAGAUGUACAUAUGAGUUUUGAUAUUGCUGUGAAUUGUGAAAGAGGACACGUUGAUAGAACUAAACGGGAAAGCUCAGUUGAUGAAAGCUGCACAGCGUGGUGUUGAAUGGAGAUCAUUUGUUAGAUGUUAUUGACUUUUUCAAUGUUAAAGUUGAAGUUUUAGUGACUAGUUAAGUAUUUAAAUUUGUGUACAGUGAUAGAACGUUAAGCUGUUUCUUUGAAAAUAUGUUUUCAUUUAAAAAUUUGGAAAGAAAAAAAAGUGAAAUCUGAACUUUGAUAUUUAAAAAGAUCUAUCCAUCAAAAUUAUGUUCUGAUUUGGUUUCUUGUUCUCAAAUUGUUAGUUGCACUUAAGAAAGAAGACCUGCGUGAGAUGUAUACCCAAUGCAGCUUACACAAGUACUUUAUAUGCUGAUCCAUGGAGCUGGUAUAAAUCUGGAAAAUUAUAAUAUGUUAUUGAUCUGUGUAUCUGAUACGGAAGUUGCCAGGGUUGUGAGUUUGCUCUGUAAAAGAACAAAAUGGUUUGAAGAGCUUAAAAGUAAAGAUAAACUGCACGUUCUUUGAUAAUGUUUUAUAUCGACAUAUCAUUUGGAAAUAUAUUGUAAUUCCGACGUAGAUUGAAGUUCCAAGGUUAGGUCUCCGUUAUUUAUUCAUCCCAAGAAGUGAACAGUCCAACAGUCUUAAAACUCCCAUCUAGUCACUCCAAACUUUGUUUCACUCCUUGCAUAAUUCAUCUUCCAGACUGACAUUACCAUCCUUACCUUGUUUCCAAGUUGUAAUUUCAUUCACUGAUCGGUUCAGCUCAGUUGUCAAGCAGUUACAUGCAAACUUGACUGCUUGAUUGGGUAUCUGUGUUUAUUUUUAUAAUACCAAUAGUUAUCCCUACAGGCGACUCAUCUAUUAUCAAGAGAUGGCAGUCAGUUCAGUUUAAUCUGAGGAAAUUACUAAAUACAGAUGCUCUUAUUCCAGAAACUCAGCUGGUUCGGUGUCUAGUCUAGUCAGAGCAUUUUACCACUGCUAUGUCACACCAUCCAUUGAUGUACAACUCCACCCAUGCUUUGCCAUAAGGUCCAUCAAAACUAAGGGACGCAUUCCGAAAAUUUGUAUACAUGUACAGUAAAACUAAAUGCAGAUUUUUUACAGAUUUACGAAAAAAAAUUGAAUGUCACUCAGCUGCAUUUAGAUAACAAUUGCAAUGUUACAGGAGAAAUUCUGAUUGAAUAUUUUCUCAGAAGUUUGGCUCUUGUAAAUAGUUUCAGGUAGAACUAUAAAAGAUCCAAGUCUCUGCCCUUAUCAAAUUACAGUAUUGACAGUCACAGUAAUUAGUUAGAAUAUAGCUUUUAUUGGAAUGAGCCUUUAACCCUUACUAUGCUGGACACGAUUGAUUCUGCCAUUGAUCAUGAUCUGCACUGUUCGCUGUUCAGCCAGUAUCAUUUUGGUAAGCACCCCUUUUAUCAAAUAAUGGUACUGUCCAAAUUGGAAGAUGGACAAGUUCAUUAUAGAAAUUUAGCUGGGUAAGGGUUAGGUAGAUUAUAGCUUUUAUUGAAAUGAGCCUUUAAUCAAAGUAUUAGCUGAGAUCUUUUAUACAAAAUGUGCAUAAUAAAAAUACGGGCAACUUAAUAUAAACAUUCUUAUCAAAGAGCAUUUCUGUUUUCAAACUCAUCAUGUUUGUAUGGAUGUUUGCUUUUAUUACAAUUUUGAACAGAAGAUUUGAAACUUAGCACAAAGUCCUCUUUGAAAUAGAAACCAUAUUUUAGCAUAUAUUUUGAUGGAAGUAUACAGGGGAAUCUAAUUUUACAACACACACCCAGAAAGAAAAAAAAAUAUGUAUGUGAAGUAUAUAAUGGAGAUUCUUGACAGUGUAUUAUUCAUAUACAAAUAAUAGAAUAAUUUGAAUAUAUAUUACUACAUCUACAAUAUAAAAGUUUUCUUUUAUAGUCAUUUCAGCUUGUCCACAUAAAAUGUUUAUUAAAUUGAAAAAAAAAAAUUGUACACUUUGAACACUAUUACUUGUUAAACAACUUAACUAUUAUUGUACAUCUAUUUGUUAAGAUAUUGUUGUUUGUUAAUUUCUUGUUAUAGCAAGGUUGCAGAAAAUUCCCCUGUUUAAGCUGCUCAUAGAAUGUGGUUUUAUUUAAUCAGGUUGAUGUAUAAAAAAAACAACACGUUUUGAAAGGACUGACAUAAAUUAUGUAAUUCAUUUAGUAAGAUCCAUCCAUAGAAAUAGAUCAAGCAUAAGUGGAAUGAAAUACAAAAAAAAAAAAAAAACAGAAAAAAGAGAAGUGUUCUAUAAAACAUGUGGUAAAUGAAUUUUCAUUAAAUAAUUUUGCCACGACAUGUUCAGGGUAAAUUUCACAGAGGAAUUAUUUGUAGACCAUCUGUUAAACGCAUACUCAUAACCAGCAUGAUCAGCUGUUUUCAUUACUAAAGUUCAGAUAAGCAGUCAUUCUCAAAAAAUUACUCUACAUACAGAACUCCAAAUUAUGUAAUUUCAUUUCGUAUUUCUUGUUUUCAGCUAUCAUUCAAAAUUCAUUUCCUUUUGUAGACAGUAAACUUUUAAUGGUUAAUACUGCAGAAUGAUAAAUCUUUUCUUGAUUCAUUUUCAGUAUUUAUUACACAGUGCUCCAGAUAUUUUUUUACCCUUAGAGAAGUAACCCCCCGUUAAAAAAGCAUGGGGGUAAAUUGGAAUAUAUAAGAAGUAAUGAAUGAUAGAGAUGUUUCAACUGUGUGCCAGUCAAGGACAGACUUUGAUUAUAAACAGCAUUGUCGUGAGCCCCAUUAGGUUGUCGACUUUGUUUGCUUUGUAACUUGUACAUUGAUGGUUACAUUUGGGACUUCAAGCCACAAAACGAAGCAGAAAAGUUGUUCAAUCCUUUGUUUUUGAAUCCAGACAAUGAUUAUACAUACAAAAAUCUUGUACUUCGUUACCAACACUUUGAUGCCAGCAAAUUGAACUUUUUUCUUAGCGCUUCAGCAACCAGAAAGUAUCUGAGGCUGGUUUACAUACUGUUCACAUGAGAACCACUUUUUACCAAAAUAAUCGCAUUUAACUAAUUCUAGUAACAGUCCCAAGUCUUUCAGGAAUAUCAGCUGUUCAGAAAUUAAAAGUAUGCUUGACAUUUUCAAGUUUAGCAUAAAUUCUGAAGCUCAAGGGUAAAUUGUAUGCAAAGGUAAUAAAUCGUGUCCAUAUUCUAGUAUUUCCUGAGCGUAAAAUAGGUAGAUACACAGCUUAUCUGGAGCACUGUUACGUAAUUUAUUCUAGAAAUCAAAUAGAAUACCGGUAAUCAGCGAAACCAGUAAACCUCAAACUGUUCAUCAUAAAUUGGACUCUGUCUCUUUCUAUCUUUUAAUACCAACUUUUUUUUUUAAUUAAUGAUCAAUUCAGAUUUUAGCAUGCUAGUUCUAUGUAUUUUUAUAUCAGUUGUAAAAAAUUUCUUUCAGCCUGAUGGCCGUUCAGUAAAUGAAUUUGUUAAUAUUUUGGUGGUUAUUAUUGUUUAAAAAGCUUUUGAUAUUUUAGUUGCAGCUUGCGUUUGAAAAGCCAGGGAUUUUUGGUUGUUUUUAAAGACUUUUUGGAGGUAAAUGUAUGUGGUUAAUAAAAGAUAUUGUACUGAAACUGCAUAAUUGAUAAAAGAGCAGUUGUUAUUGUUUAAAGCCAUUGUAACACCAUGGAAAGGAGAGUACAUGAACUUACUGUGUUAAAAAGUUAUAAUCAUAUUUUCUUUGGCAUAUUACUGGAAUCAAUUAGAAAUAAUUUAAGAAUUACUCAGACACAUCAGUUACCAUCCUGCAGAUUUAAAUGGUUUGUGAGAAGAAAUUUAUUUUUGUUAAGUUUGACUGAAAUGCGUGUUUGUAAUAGAUACCUUUUUUAUGGCUUUCCAAGUUUCUCAAUGAAUAAAAAGCAAAAAUUGAGCAUGAAAAAUUGUUGGAAGAUUAACCUUUAGCCUGCACAUUCCUGCAAGCUGAUCAUGGUCUGCACUGUUUGCUGUUCAGUCAGUAAAUUUUCAGUGAACACCCCUUUGAAUGUUAAGUGGCACUGCCCAGAUUGAAUGAUGGACCAGUCCAUCUUAGAAAUUUAGCAGGGUAAAGGUUAACCCAUUUACACAUGACAUGUUCUCUACCCUUUUAUUUUGUCAGUAUUUUUUAAUGAUCAACUCGUUCAUUACUGGCUUUAUAUAAAAUUGUCUGAUUAAAAUAUUUCUAAAUUAAAUAUUCUAUUUUACUUUUUAUCAUACUUAAGUGUUGUCUUAUUUGGUUGAGAAGAUCCUCAGCUUAAAGUGCUAAGGUUUUAUUUUGUUAUUGCUAUAAGUUAUAUGAUUUUGUAUUAUUUUUUAUUGUUGCAAUAUAUGGAUAUUUUUUUUUCUCUUGGUUUAAUACCCUGGCCUCAAUUAGGGGACUUCUAUUUCUUUUCUGUUUUUGUUGAGUAAAUUGUGUUUAAUUGUUACAGUGUAUGCUAUACUGUGAAAUCAUUUUUAUUUGCGUAGGAUGAAUUUUCGCGUAUUUCGCGCUAGAACCGAUGCGUGAAUUUAAGACCGCGCUAUUAUUAUUUUUUGAUUAAUUUUUUUCAUUUAUAAAUUGAAAAUGCGCGAAUUAAAGCCUGCGCGAAACAGUCCUUUUUCACGUUUGCGCGAAAUUUCAUGCCAGCGAAUUUAAAUGAUUUCACAGUAAAUCAGUGACUCAGUAGGCCAUCUGUCAGGUUAGAACUGCAAGUUGCUAUAUUUUAUACAGUCAAACCUAUCGAUAAGGAAUGACUUAGGGAAUUGAAGUAAAGUGGUCUUUGUGUUUAUGUGUGGUCUCUCAGCUGGUUGAACUGUACUGUAUAUACCGUAUAUUUUCGCUUAUAAGAGGCAUUAUUAAGAGUCAUAUUUCAAGUUUUUAAAGAGUGGGGAGCAUCUUAUAAACAUGUACUACAAGGAAAUUAAACAAAGAAACCCAAGAUUGCAUGUCCGAUGUCGGGGUGCGUCUUACAAGCAAGUGCGUCUUAUAAGCGAAAAUAUACGGUAGGUGAAUGGGAGAACAGAGGGUACCAGCCUUUCGGGGCAGGUUAUGUAAAUGUUUUUAUUUGUAGAUAAGGUUUGACUGUAAUCUAGAUAGGAUAUAUACCAUAUAUAUAUAUAAAAUGGCAUCUUGCUUCAAACUGAAUAGAUUUUCUUCCCUUUUUUUUAUUCUUUAAAACUGGUCUUGAAAUGAUUAAAAACUGGAUGAUAGACUGUUCUAUUCAUAUUUAUCUUAAUUAUUAGAUACCAAAUUCAGUCAAAUUUGUGGAACUGGUAUCAAUAAAUGACCAACUUUAGUAUGUGUUAAGAAAGUAAAUGUCGUUCUGUACUUCCGGUAUGUUAAAGAAUGUGAAUAUCUUUCUAUAUUAAAUAAGAAAUUGAUAUUGUACAUGCAGCAAGCUUCAUCUUUCCCCCCGAAUUGUCCGGGGUAAAAGCACUGUCUGAUUCAUAUUUUUCUGUUUUUCUUGUUUUUCUAUGUACAAAAAUUAAUUCUUUGAUAUAUUUUUAGAUUGAUUUUAGAUAAAAUUUCAGUAAAGUCUUAAAAAAAUCUUAAGAAAAUUAUGAUUUUUAUGUACUUAAAAUAUUAAUUCUUCAGACAGUGUUGUUCUCCUAGGCAGUCCUUGUUAAAAAUCAUAUGUUCAGGUAUAUAUUGGAACAGAUACACGUACUUCAAAUUUGACUGUAUUUGGGUGUCUGAAUACAGGUAGUCAGAUAAGAUAUUUAAAACAAAAUGCCUUGAAUAACUUUUUGUUAAUUUAAAAAAAUGAUCACAUCAUAAUUUAAAUAUUGCAUGUAUGGCUGUUGUUUACUGACAGAUAUUUUUGUACUAGAACAAUAUUUGGUUGAAAUUUUAUAGAUAUCUUGUUCAUUCAUUGACAUAAUAUCAGAAUGUACUCUUUUCUUGAUGUCCAUCAAAUAUCCAUAUAAAGUUAGAUGAUUAAAACUUAAACCUUUA